UCAACUAUUUCCAGAAACAAUAACAAAUUUGCAUUUUUAUUUAAUUUGUGAAACAAAAAGAGCCGCGAACAUGUCGCGGUUGCUAGUUUUUUGUUUCUGUGUAUUUCAAUUGGGACUUCUCAUCAAUGCCACUGGUCUGUACACGAUCAUCGCACCUGGAACGAUCCGCUCGAACUUUAAAUACAAUGUGGCUGUGUCUGUGCACAAGGCAGAGGGUAAGAGCACUAUAAAGGUGGGCAUCACUGGGCCAUCUUACAAUGAAACGAAGGAGGUGGAGCUGCAGCCUAUGUCCACGACAAAUGUGGAAUUCGAUGUGCCGACUCUAUCGAGUGGGGACUACAAUUUGACAGCCGACGGCACCGAGGGCGUCAUCUUCAAGAACACAACCAAGUUGAACUAUGCUGAUAACAAGCCAUCAAUAUUCAUACAAACCGAUAAGGCCACGUACAAGCCGUCGGAUUUAGUGCAGUACCGAGUGCUAUUUCUAGAUGAGAACACGCGACCUGCAGCGAUUGAUAAGCCCAUCACGAUUGCCAUCAGUGAUGGAGAGCAAAAUCGCAUUAAGCAACUAACCAAUGUUCGAUUGACGAAGGGAGUCUACACGGGAGAGCUGCAACUGUCGGAGCAGCCGGUGCUGGGAAAGUGGAGCAUUGCUGUCAAUGUCGCCGAUGACACAGCUGCAAGCAAGUCCUUUGAGGUGGCCAAAUACGUGCUGCCCAAAUUCGAGGUAGUGGUAGAGUCAGCCAAGGAUGUCGCCGUUCAAGAUGGCGUAGUCAAGGCCACAAUUCGAGCCAAAUAUACGUAUGGCAAGCCGGUGAAGGGCAAGGCGACUGUCUCACUUGAAGAAGACUACAAUUACUACAGGCCGAUCAACUCUGAAUCGAAACGAAUGAAAACUGUCGACAUCGAUGGCAAAGCUCAUGUGGAGUUCCCCAUUGAAAAGUCAGCAUAUGGCUCUGGUUACACACCGCCCUUGAAAAUCUUUGCGGAAGUUACGGAGGACUUGACGGGCAACAAGCAAAAUGCUUCAUCAACUGUGACUGUGCACUCCCAGCGCUACAAAAUUGAGGCAGUUAACGCUGUAACUAAUUAUCAUCCAGGCAAGAGCUUUGUCUAUCAGUUUGUGGUUAAAAACUUAGAUGGCUCCCCUGUACAGGGUGGUUUGAAAAAGGCUAAGCUGGUACUCGAAGCGCCUCAUAGAUAUUUCAACUUUGACCGAUCCGAUGACUCAACCGACCUCAAAAGCAUUGAAUGGGACGCUCUCUUAAACGAGCACGGAAUCGCAACCUUCGACGUAGUCUUGCCCGUAAACGACACCCGUUUCUAUAAUGUGAAAGGCGUAUAUGAUGAAUCGAGCUCUUACUUGGGUUCCAUUCACAAGUUUCAACCGACUAUUGAAAGUGCUGAGCCGCUCCGGAUAAUUGUGAACACCAAAACUCCAAAAUUGGGCAAAGACGUCUCCUUCGAUGUGAAGUCUAACGAGCACAUUCCAUACUUCGUCUACGCGAUCAUUGCUCGUGGAAAUAUUGUCAAGGCCGAACAAGUCGAUGUCCCUGAAGGACGCAAGACUCACACCAUUAAAUUCACACCCACGUUUGCGAUGGUGCCACAGGCCUCGAUUUACGUUUUUUUCAUUUUUGACAACGAGUUGCGCUUCGAAGAGCGGACAGUUGAUUUCGAGAAGGACUUCGAUAACUCGAUCGAGAUCUUUUCCCCAUUGGAGGCGAAGCCCAGUGAGGACGUAAAGUUGAAAAUCAAAACAGACGCUGAUUCCUAUGUGGGUCUGCUGGGCGUUGAUCAAAGUGUGCUGUUGUUGAAGUCUGGAAAUGAUUUGGCUCGCGAUGCUGUUUUUGAUAGUCUUGACAAGUACAAAACAUCUACACCCUGGCAAUCGGGAUAUGGCCGCUAUCCAGGACAGACAUCCGGGCUGGUCACACUUACCAACGCCAACUAUCCGUACAAUUUUGAUAUACCAUAUUAUCGUCCACUUUAUAAUCUGCUUCCGAGUCCAUUCAGGCCGGAAUCUGGCCUAGCAGUCGCUUUUGGAGGCUUACCAAGUCCACCUUCUGCAGGAACUCAACUCCUUGUUGGGUCAGUAGGAUCAGUUCCAGCAGUCGUCCCUCAAGUUCGAAAAGAGUUCCCCGAAACUUGGAUGUUUACAAGCAAUAUAACUGAUGAUGGUGAUGGCUUUACUCUGGUCCGAAAGAUUCCGGACACAAUCACAUCAUGGGUUAUAACUGGGUUUUCUCUAAACCCAAGAACCGGCAUUGCUCUAACCAAGAAUCCAAGAAAGAUUCGAGUGUUCCAGCCAUUCUUUGUGUCUACCAAUCUUCCGUAUUCAGUGAAGCGCGGUGAGGUCAUUGCCAUACCCGUUAUUAUUUUCAAUUAUAUGGAUAAGGCACUUGACGCUGAAGUCACGAUGGAUAAUUCAGACAAGGAGUUCGAGUUCACUGAGGCUACUAACGAGGUUGAGGAGAAGGCAAUAGAUGAUGUAAAACGAGUUAAGCGUAUUACCGUACCAUCCAAUAACGGGCAGAGUAUUUCUUUUAUGAUACGCCCCAAUAGAGUGGGAUCUAUUACGUUGAAGAUCACAGCCACAACUCCAUUGGCAGGCGAUACGAUUCAUCAGAAGUUGAAGGUCGAACCGGAAGGUGUUACACAGUUCGAAAAUGUAGCCGUCUUCGUUAAUCUGAUGAAUCAGUCUGAAUUGAGCCAGGAGCUGAACGCGAAUAUACCCACCGAAGCUGUUCCAGACUCUGAAUUUAUAGAGUUCUCGGUAGUCGGUGAUCUGCUGGGACCCACCAUAAAGAACUUGGACAAUUUGGUUCGCAAGCCCUACGGUUGUGGAGAGCAGAAUAUGGUUAACUUCGUGCCCAAUAUUCUGGUUGUCAAAUACCUUGAGGUCACCAAUCGGAAAAUGCCGAGUGUAGUGGCCAAGGCAAAGAAGUUCCUCGAAAUCGGCUACCAGCGUGAAUUAACAUAUAAACACGAUGAUGGCUCCUACAGCGCUUUCGGCAAAUCGGAUAAGUCAGGCAGCACCUGGUUAACAGCGUAUGUUGUGCGGUCCUUCCAUCAAGCUGCCAACUACACGGACGUCGAUCCCGCGAUAAUAAUGCAGGGCUUGAAUUUCCUUGUAUCGACGCAAAAAGAGAAUGGCGAAUUUCCCGAGGUUGGCAAAUUGUUUGACAAUGCAAAUCAGAACGCCUUGGGACUCACAUCGUUUGUGCUCAUUGCGUUCUUUGAAAAUAAGGAAUUCACGGGUAAAUCAGAGUAUCAGCAAGCAAUUCACAAGGGUCUUCAGUUUGUUGCCCAAGAAGUGGAUAAAACCGAUGAUCAGUACUCCCUGUCGAUAGCGGCUGUUGCUCUGCAAUUGGCCAAACAUCCUCAGGCCAAAAAGGUUCUAGACAAGCUUGAGAGCCUUGCCAAAUUGGAGGAUGGCCGUAAGUGGUGGUCGAAAUCGGCUGAAAAGCCGACUACUGAGACAAGUGGCUUUAGAACUUGGCGUCCCAGCAGCAACGAUGUCGAAAUUACUUCCUAUGUCUUGAUGGCUCUCUUAGAGGAAGCGCCGGCUGAAGAUACUCUGCCAAUCAUCAAAUGGCUUAUUGCUCAGCGUAACAGCAACGGCGGCUUUUCCUCCACACAGGAUACGGUCAUUGGGCUGCAGGCGCUGACUAAGUUCGCCUUCAAGGCCGGCUCUGGCACUGGCACCGUUGACAUUGACUUUGUGUCUUCCAAUGGCGACAAUAAUGGUACCAUUAGUGUGAAUCCAGAUAACUCACUGGUGCUUCAAAGCCAUAUUCUACCAAAGAGCACUCGUAAGAUUAACUUUACUGCGAAAGGCCAAGGCUCAGCAAUGGUGCAGUUGUCAUACCGAUAUAAUUUAGCUGAAAAGGAUAAGAAGCCCAGCUUCAAGGUAACACCCACUGUCAAGGACACACCCAUGCAGCAAUUGACCCUAGAGGUCUGCGCUGAAUACGUACCUCUCGAGGCGAGCGACCAGAAGAAGGACUCCAACAUGGCCGUUAUGGAAGUAGCCCUACCUUCAGGUUUCAUCAGUGAUUCGGAUAGCUUUGGUAAAAUUCAGGAUGUUGACAGAGUCAAGCGCAUCGAAACUAAGAACUCAGAUUCUACGGUGAUUAUCUACUUCGACAGCCUGACACCAGGCGAUGUUAAGUGUUUACCUGUGGAAGGCGUCCGUGCGCACUCGGUGGCCAAGCAAAAGCCAGCCGCUGUCUCCCUUUACGACUAUUACGACACGGAUCGGCGUGCCACCGAAUACUACCAGGUGAAAUCCUCUCUUUGUGACAUUUGCGAAGGCUCAGAUUGCGGCGAAGGGUGCAGGAAGGACAACUAAUUUGAGUCCCUUCCUUCUUCAGCUUGACACAAACAAAAAAG